CAGCCUGCAGCAAAUUUGGGCGAAGCGGUGGCUUUUAGGACCCUGGGCCCUCCGCCAAGGCUCAGGACUCAUGUGCUUGACAGCUUUCAGCGACUUUGCUAAGACUUCUGCAGACUUCUCAGGUUAUUUGUCACAAGUACUGAAGAAUUACACUGACCAUGCCUGUGAUGGAGAGUAUGUGUCCCUGAGAUGUCCUCACAGGACCACCAUCAGCAUCCAAUCUUCUUUUUAUGGCCGAAUUGUACCAAGUCAUCAGAUGUGUCCUUCUCGUGAUCCCCAUUCCUUUGCAACUUUAAUUAAAGAAGAUGUUGCCUGUUCAGUUGGCACUUCCCUUCAGAAGAUGCUGGAUGAGUGCCAGGACAGGCGGAGCUGCCAGUUUCUCCUCAAUAGCCGACUCUUCGGUGCGGAUCCGUGCCCUGGAACCGGCAAGUACCUCAUCGUGUGGUACAAGUGCAGGCCAAAUGAAUACAAGAGUAAAGUAGCCUGUGAAGAUGACAAGCUGAGGCUAAGCUGUAAGAAGAGCAUGGUGUUAGCCAUUUACUCUGCUGUCUUUGGAAGGACACGAGGAGGCAGCCUGGAGUGCCCAUACCCAAACCUAGGGAUGCCCAUGAUAGGUAAGCAGAGAAUGACUUGACACAGCACACUGAUCUGGGCAGGGUGAUUUCAUGUGCUGCCAUCAUGGUAGAGUGGGCAUAUAUCCUUAUUAGGCAACGUGAGCUUGAGACAGUGGUGCUUCUGAUGUGUGGAGCUCCUUUGCUAACCAGCUUUGAGCUUCAUUAUGAGCACCAAACUGAGGUUCAAGUCGAUGCCCUGGUCAAGUCACAAAGCCAUGGACUUUUAGCAGAUGUGUUGGCUUAUAUGCUUGAAGGUAGCCCUUGAAUUUCUGGUUCAGUUUUCUGGUUCAUGGUCUGAACAUCUACCUGGAAUACAGAGAAGCAUAUUAUUGGUGGCUAUCAAGGACUAUCUGUUCCAAGUCCAGGGCUGACAUUGCAUUUAACCUUUUACAGAAGUUAAAGCAAGGGGUGUAAAUUAAAAGAGUUGUCGAGUUGUA